AUGACUUAUCUUGUGUCUUUACUGUUGAUGGCUUUGGUUGUUGGUUUGGUUGCUGUGGCUUCUAACCCUGCGCCAUAUUUCGCUGCUCUUGGUUUGGUGGUUGCGCCCGGGGUUGGGUGUGGGGUUCUUAUGGGGCAUGGGGGGUCCUUUUUGUCAUUGGUUCUCUUUCUAAUUUAUUUCGGGGGGAUGCUAGUGGUUUUUGCAUAUUCGGGCGCUUUGGCCGCUGAGCCCUUUCCAGAAGCUUGGGGGAAUCGUUCUGUGAUUGGUUACGUCUGAUUUUACUUGCUGGGUGUCGGUGUGGUCGUGGGGAUAUUCUGGGAAAAUUGGUAUGAGGGUUCUUGGUUAGUAAUUGACACCAUGAAGGAGUUCUCCAUGCUACGUGGCGACACUAGUGGUGUGGCCGUAAUGUACUCUUCUGGGGGGGGAAUGUUGGUUAUUUGUGCAUGGGUGUUACUACUAACUCUAUUUGUGGUGCUAGAGUUGACUCGUGGACUGAGUCGGGGCGCCUUGCGUGCAGUUUAA